AUGGCUUCCCAUCGUGCUUUCCCCAAGUCUGCCCCUUCUUCACCAAUGUAUGAACUCAGGCGUGCCCACGGCCAAGCCCCAACACCAAACCACCAGAAAGCCAGUGAGAGGCAAAGACUAUCAGAAAGUCCCAGACGCCUAGCUGAUCCUCUCCACUUGGUCGAUGUAUCUGGAUCUGGCCUUUUCAGAACCAUCCCUAAUGGCGCUGAUGCUCGGCUGCGAAGACAGGUACCACGAUCACGUGGCUUGCAUCAGCUGUCCAACCAAGACUUGUGCUCAUACACUGGUCAGCCAUCUCUCCCAAAGUUAGAGCCAGAAUAUGAACUGUAUCCGAUUUCGCCUCGAAAGCGUCUUCGGGUCUCACUCGAGAAUACUCUGGUCCCCUCGCACAAAUAUGAUCAACCUUCACAUCUCGCCUCUGACGAAGGUCUUGCGCACACUGGCUCCUGGUGUCACUCGACUCCCAUUGACCCCAGCGAAGCGCAGUUGGAGACGCAUGACUUUGAAGAGGAUGUUCUGAGUGGAGAUUGGUAUCCAAAGACACCAAUCGACACCCGAAUGUCCACGCCAGACCUCCCUCCGCUGUCCACGGACUAUGAGUUUUGCCCAUGUCAUAUUCCGUGCGAACACAGGCAGGACAAGAUUAACGAAGACUUUUACUUCGCCACAAGAUCCAAGAUGGACAUACAGAAACAGAUCAACUCCUGGGCAAGACCGAUAGCUGCUGUUUAA